UAUCGCAUUAAAAUAAAAGUCGUCGUGCGAAUAGGUGCCACGUGCUCAGCAGUCUGCAAUUUUUCCAGAUUUCCAGGUUUUUUACGCAGUUUCCAAAUGAAUAAAAAAAGUCACCAUCUUGUGGGUACGCUUGGAUCACAACAAAGUAUGCAAAAUUUAAAACUUGACAUAGAGAAUGCAAAGAAGACGUUGUCAUUAGAUAAUAUGGAAUCUCAACUAUCACCAUCUUUGAUUAAUCCUUAUAAAAAGAAACCUUUAAUUGAAAAUAAUAGAAAUAGAAAUGAUGGAGCUGAAGUUUCAAGUUUAACAAUGUAUGGAAAGAAAAAUUCUAUUAAGAAGACUUCUCAAGAAUAUAAAGCAUCGCAAUCCAUUCAAAAAGAUGAAUCAGUUUCAAAAAACCAGUCAUCACAAAAUUAUAUGCCUCAAUGUGAACUUCGCGAACAACUACAACCUAACAAAAAUACUUUUAAAGUAAAAGAAUAUACUUCUAAACAGCGCUUUAAUCAAAUAUCCAUACCAACAAAUCCUGCUUGUGUAAUACAAUCGUCAGCAACAAGCGAUAAAUCAAUUAUUCCAAAAGCUUCCAGUUCUUCGAAUGCAAACACUAAUAUGAUUCAACAACAACAUAUUAUUAAUGUUUUUCAACAAUUAUUUAAGAAAUUAAAUCAACGCUUGGAUAUUAUUGAAAAGAGAGAAAGUGAAAAUCAUGUAAUGUUGUUGCGAUUAACAAAAGCAAAAAAUAGAAGAGUCCAAUUGAUGCCAAAAUGUUUUCCAUUUAAAUCUAUUGAAAGUUUAAUAAACUUUGAUAACGCAACUGAUGAACUGUACGAUGAAGUUGUAGAUUACUUCAUUUAUAUAGGUGGAUUAAAUCCUAUUGAUUGUGCUGCAAUGUAUUUCAAAUAUGCUUUUCAAAAUGCUGAGCAAAUUUCGCUGCAAGUAACUUGACAUGGAACGAAACAGUUAAAAGCUUUAAAACAUACUCGCUUCGCACAUGCUUGUGAAGAUGCAAUCAGCAGUAAUUUUAAUUUUCCAAAACCACGACGACAUGAAUUUGAAGAUGCUAUGAUAAAAGCUCUGAAGAGCACGAAAGAGCGUUUUUGCCGACAACAAAAAAGAUCUACAUGUGAUGUAGAAAAUGACGAUAACGAUGAUGAUGAUAACGAGCCCAAAGAAUUUGGGAAGAAGAAGAAAAAUUGUUAGAGAUGAGCGAAAAAAUGACACACAUAGUCAAUCUAAUAUUGAUUAUUCUGAUGAUGCUCAGCAAGAAAUAAUAGAAGAUGAAGAAUAUCAAGCAGAUAUAAUUGAAGAAAGUUAUAAUUCAUCUAAUGAUGAUUUAUUUGGCGAAAUUUAAAUUUCAUAUGUUU